GAGUUCCCGGAAAAUCCCGGGUGCCCACCGGGCGAUUUUUUAAUACCCCGGUCGAUUUCAUUGGCCAAACGGCGCCGGGCGCACUCGGUAGUCGGUACUCGGUCGCACUUCGCGCUCGUCUCGGGCGACUUGACUCGCUCGGCUCCUGGCGGCAACCCUGGCUGGACGUCAUCACCAUCUCAUCAGCAUCAGUCGCACAGCAUCUCCUACUCGGGCAGGACUUGGUUAACGGACGACAUCUCCCAGCUCAUCUAACCUUCACGGCAGAGGUAAAGUGUGCAGUUGCCCGUGUUGCCGCCGCCCACACCAUGUCCGCUGAGCCGCUGACUCUGGAGCAGCUUCCCGGCGACGCCCUGCUGGCGGUGAUGCAGUACCUGUGCGUGGAUGAUCUGUUCGCGUGCCGUCUCGUGUGCAAGCGGCUGUGCGGCCUGGCCCUGGACCGGGACGUGUGGUGCCGGCGGGAGGUCGACAGCUUAAAGCUGAGGCGCACACAGAGUCUCGCCGGCCUGCUGCGCCUGGCGCCUUGCGUGGGGACCAUGGUCGUCAGGUUGGGCGAAGGCGGUGCGCUACCGUACGCCACGACCACCUGCCCUGCUGACCGCCUGAUCCUCAAAUGUUACGGGCUGGGCGCGGACAUCUCACUGUUCACCCAGGUGGUGCGGAACCAGGAGGCGCUCGGGCGCCUCAGGACCGUGGUGGUGGAGUACGUUGAACCCCCGUACGUUGAAAUUGUGAAUGAAGCCGUCGACGUGUUGCUGCGGACCCUGGUGCAGUCCUCCAGCCUGGAGAGUCUCGAGUUCGCCAACGGCUGGCCUAUCUCAUUGCACCCCUUUGUUUGCAAGUCUCAGUCGUCAUCCCUGAAGAAGUUUAGGUGCGAGCUAUUGGGCAGCUCGGAGUGGCUCGUGAAUGCCGUGCUGGGCGGGCACGCCGCCACUCUGGAGGACGUCGACAUUGGCGUGCUCUACUUCAGGCACUGGGCCGGCUUCGUGCGCGGCAUGUCAUCAUGCACCACCACCGUUCGCCUCUUGGUCAGCUUGCCCCGCCUCCGGAGGCUGAGGUGCGCCGCGCUGCCCGGGCUGGAGGACCUAGUGGCAUCCGAGGUUCUCACGGACUUGACCCUUUUGGUGUACGACGACGACUCCCACGAGCAGGUCGUGUCGUUGCUGCAACGAGCCAAUCAGCUGCGCAGGUUGUCUCUGGUCGAUGUCACAGCAACAACAGAUGUCGACCGCAAAAGCGUCGGCGCACAGGCCGUCGAGGCCCUGGCUUCGUCCGGGCGGUCCCGCCUGGAGUCGCUGUCCCUCAUCGACGACCUGCCCUCGUCGCGGCCGCUGCUGCUCGCGCUGCCCCGGCUGGCCGCCCUGCGCGAGCUGACCGUGUGCGACGAGCCCGUGGACAGCGAGCUGUUGCAGGGCAUCUCCCCCGUGACCGCGCCGACCCUGCGGAGGCUGGAGGUGCACUGGGCCUACAAGGACUGCGCCCACGCGUGGCUGCACAGCGACGCCAUGGGGUUCCUCGCCCGGAACCCCAUGGUCCACCUGCAGCUGCAAAACCCCCGCUUGUGUGGGGGGGUCGAUGGCCGUGGCCUGUGCGAUGACAGCGAUGAUGACAUUUUUUGUGAUGAGUGUGACGGUGACGAUGACUGUAGUCAGUGCGACGGGUACGAUGACCGUGGUGGCCAGUGCGUCCCUUGUGCACGCCGCUGCCACCCGGAGCUGCUGAGGGUGGUUCGCACGGAGCUCUGGGCCCUGGACAAAAUACGGUUCUUGGAAUACGGCUCAGGAAAUAAGGGUUUGUGCGGACUCGGUUUGUUCGGUCAUGACAUCGGACGAUGCCCCUCUCCCCAGGACCACAUUAUUAGCCCCUCACAAUGGCGUUGGAUUCACGUACCUCCUGUUUCUAAUUGACUUCCGCUCAUAUUGCCUUCUGUGUUCAACAUCUUGAUAAUGUGAGGUUGAAUAAAGUACUGUGUUGAGUUUACAAGA